AUGUCGAAGGCAAAGGCACUAGUGGUCGUGUUAUUUUUGGCCGUAUUUUCUAGCCAAUGUUAUGGGGAACUCAGAGUUGGAUUCUACAAAGGAAAAUGUGGGCAGACAGAUGUUGAAGGUGUUGUUCGAAGGGUUGUAAAAACAUGGUUUUUUACAAAGGAUAAGACUAUUGCAGCUGCUCUUCUUCGUAUGCAAUUCCAUGAUUGCUUUGUUAAUGGCUGUGAUGCAUCAAUUCUAUUGGAUGGAGGCAACAAUGAGAAAAAAGCAAUCGCGAAUAAAAGUGUCAGGGGAUAUGAACUCAUUGAUGCUAUUAAAGAUGCUUUAGAAGCAGAAUGCCAAGGCCUGGUCUCUUGUGCUGACAUUAUUUCAAUGGCAACUAGAGAUGCUGUUCUCUUGAGUGGAGGAAAAUGGUACAAUGUAGAAACAGGACGAAGGGAUGGGAAUGUUUCCUUUGCAUCAAAUGUGAAUCUUCCUGGUCCUUCCAUUUCAGUCUCAGAUUCCAUCAAUACUUUUGCCAUCAAAAAGCUUACCCCAACAGACAUGGUUUAUCUUCUAGGUGGCCACACUGUUGGAAUUACUCACUGCUCACUCUUCCAAGAUAGGUUAUACAACUUCAACAAUACAGGUGGUCCUGAUCCAACCAUGAGCAAAUGGCUAUUGUUUGGUUUAAGAAUGAAAUGUCCUAGAGGUUCAUCCUUUGACAACAUUGUUCCUCUUGAUGUGAUGACUCCAUCUCUGGUAGAUAACUCAUUUUUUCAACAAAUUCAAAGGGGAAAUGGGGUUCUUCAAAUUGAUCAGCAAAUAGCAUUGGAUCCAUUGACAAAAGAUAUUGUCAAAGGGGCUGAUUUUGAUACUAAGUUUGGAGAGGCUAUGGUGAAAUUGGGUAGAGUUGAAGUACUCACUGAUGCACAAGGAGAAGUGAGGAAAUCAUGUAGGGCUGUGAAUAAGAAGCCACUCUUUUUAGGGAUCAUCAAUUAGAACAAGUGUUUUAUGUUAAUUUAUUCUUGAUAACUUAUUUGCUAAAUGUAUAAUUUUUCUUUGGU